CUCACCCUCACAUCAGUCUUUCUCUGGAGUCUGGCGACGGUGCGCAGUGCUUAACAUCCACUCCAAACCAUUAUCUUAUCCAUAUGCACAACACCACUUUGAUGUGUUAUGAGAAGUGUCCAGCACUGGUCACGUCCUAAAUGAUUUCACAUGCCAGGAAGAGAUGAUUCCUUGUUGUAAACGCUGAUCACCACACAGGUUCAAAAUAACUGAGACAAUGGCGAUGAAACAUGAAAGUUUUGUCCACUGGGCAGCUGUAACAGUUGUGUUGAGGUACGUGUCAGGGACAGUGGUGACACACGUCAUCUCCACAAACAUGUCUGAUCCUCACUCUAGCUUCGUGAGGCAAGAAUCCGCCCAUAUGAAACUGGACACCCUUAUCGUUAUGGUCAGUAAGAUGGAUCAUCUCGAGACCAAACUUGACCUAAUGACCAACCUUUUGAAGGACCAAGAAAUAAAAAACUCGAUGCUGGAGAAGAAACUGGAAUCCAUGGAGACCCAACAGGAGACACUUCUGGGGGUGGUCGAUACCAAAUUGUUUGAAAUAAAGAACAAAGUGGAAGAAAUGAUUGGUGAAUUAGAAAGUAAAAUUGAAACAAAGUUGGAAGAAAUAGAAUAUAGCUUAGGAGUGAAGCUAGCAGCAACAAACAUCACCUUGAACACGAUAGCAGGGAAUAUAAAUAACGUGAACCUGAAUAUUGACAUGGCGAGGACAAGUUUGUACCCAGUAAAGUGUGAAGAAGCUGUAGCUUUGAUAGUCAACGCAAGCCACACGUCCAAAUACAUGAUGGAGUACUACACCUAUAAUGUUACCCAUGCUACUGAGGUCGUCCUUCAGGACAUGAAGGGCUACCUUGAACGUGUGGUGGAGGGCGCGGUCAACAGUAGUUUGCCAGAGUGCUGCGCUCAAGGAGUCACCGACUGUCAGAAGUCUUUAUCUCGCCUGGAGGAGCUUGUAUCUCCCAGUAACAACAUUACCAAACACCUCAUCGCUGCCGUCUUUAACCGAAUCCGUGUGUCCAACUUGGCUAUGGACAAGCGUCUUGGGGCUCUCCUUCACACUUCCUCUGUACGCCAGCGAAUCUUGCAAGACAAUCUCCUAGCGGCCAUCACCUCCUCGAAUCGGCUGAUCACCUCGCAGAUGCAAGACGUGUACAAGAAGUUCGAAGACCAACUUCAAGGGCUCGAAAAUUCAUUAGUAGUCUCUGCCAAACUCCGUGGCAAGGAGAUAGUCAUGGAAGUUCUCAAGGUGGCCAAUUAUACUCAAGAAGAUAUAUCUACAGCUGGUCAGAUCGACCACCUCCUUCACGCCCAUGCUAAUACCACCCACGCCCUAAACGUCGGUCUGGACCAGCUACAGGAGCUGCACAACAUUACCAUGAUGCAGCUAGCUGCUGGCGACCUCUGCGUUGUAUCAGUUCCCGAGACAUCAGACAAUAGAACCAUCACCUACACAGGGCGACCAGUCAAUAAUCUAUUAGACGACGCUAUGAAGAACAUGCACGUCAGCUUGGCCAACCAGCUGAGUCGGAUCUCCGAUCAACUAGCCGGACUAAGAAUCUAUUACUCCACCAGCCUCCACAUGAACACCCAGCAGUUGGCGUCGGAAGUUGCGGCGCUGAAGUCCGGGAUGCGACAGGCAGUGCAGGAGCUGGCUAAGUCGACUCACACCUUGGCGAAGCUGCGGCGUUCCUCUCUGGGUUACCUGGACGCUGCAGUUACCACCGUCACCUCAGCCGCAGUCGCCUCAGCCAAAGCUACUGCUAACCAGCUCACCACAGAACUCCAUGAAUUGGCCGACCGUUUUCAGUACAGAUUAACCAAGUUGGAAGCUGCAGUAAGGGAGGCUGGGACCCAAUGUCCUCCACAGUACACCAAGGUGGGCGACUGUCUCCUACUAUUGCUUAAUACCAACACCACCUGGCAUGAAUCCAGAGAGAAGUGUAGAGACCUCGGCGGCGAUUUAGCUACAAUACCCGAUGAUGCCACUCUCCAUCAUCUUCACUACUUGUUCAACACCACCGCUGCUGUUAACUCCACACUCUCACUCAACUAUUGGGUAGGAGGGACACUAGUGGGGGAUUCUUGGGCGUGGGUGACGGGCACGCCCGUAGUGGUGAGGGUGGGUGAUGCUUCCAUGAUGGAGGAGGAGGAGGAGGAUGAUGAAAAAGAAACUCAGCUGUGUUUGAUGUCAUCUGCCUUGAAUCUGGUCCCCUCACCCUGUCACACUCCCCAGGCUGCACUUUGUCAACAUAACUACCCCAGCCAUAACUCCUACAUAUUUAAUGACUCCAGCAACAAUAUACUCAACGACUUUAGCGUGCAUCCUGCUAAUGAUGGUCUUCCAGCUUAAAAAAUCAAUAUCGCAUAGCUAUUUGUAUUUGUUAGGUAGAUUACUCCUUUUCUGUAGUGAAGAGACUUGUAAAAAUUAGGCUACUUUAUAA